GAGACACAGGCACAGCAGCACCCCACGUAACACGGACUCGGUCGAUCGGAGGUAGCUGCCUGCAAUGGAGUCCACGAAGAUCUCCGCGCUGCUGGUGCUCGCCAUGCUCGCGCUCUCCUCGCCCACCGUCGUGCUCGCGUGCUCCCCCGCCUCCGGGUGCGGCAGCGGCACCCCGUCGAGCGGCACGCCCUCGGCCGGCGGCGUCAGCAUACCCCCGGCCAUCGGCGGUGUCGUUGGCACCGUCACUCCGAUCAUCGGCGGCGCCGCCCCGGUCGUCGGCGGUGUCGUCGGCAAAGUCACCCCAGUCGCCGGCGGCGCCGUCCCUACCGUCGGCGGUGUUGUCGGCAAGGUCACCCCGGUCGUCGGCGGCAUGGUCCCUACCGUUGGCGGUGUCGUCGGCAAAGUCACGCCGGUCGUAGGCGGCGCCGUCCCUGCCGUCGGUGGCAUGGUCUCUCCUAUCGUCGGCACCGUAGGCGGCGUGGUUGGCGGCGUCCCCGCCGUCGGGGGAGUUGUCACUCCCGUCAUCGGCGUCGUGGCUCCCAUCAUCGGCGGCUCCCCGUCCCCCAAGAGCCGCCACGGCGGACGCAAGGCGUGCCCUCCCUCGCCCCCGACCCCCACCCCGUCUCCCCCAACCCCGGCGCCGACUCCCCCGACGCCCACGCCGAGCCCCACGCCCUCCUCCGACACGUGCCCGAUCGACACGCUGAAGCUGGGCGUGUGCCUGGACCUGCUCGGCAACGAGCUGCACAUCGGCGACGCCAGCGUCAAGUGCUGCCCGCUCGUGGAGGGCAUCGCCGGGCUCACCGCCGCGGCGUGCCUCUGCACCGCCAUCAAGGCCAAGGUGCUCAACCUCGCCCUCUACGUGCCGCUCGCCCUCCAGCUGCUCGUCAACGACUGCGGCUGCGCCGUGCCCCCGGGCUACACCUGCGCCUGAUCCGUCCGUCCAUUCCACAUCCGACGCGUAUAAUUUAAGCCGCAAGUUUGAAAUCAAGGUUGUUGUUCGGUCGAUGAAGCCACUCGCUUCUUGUUUGUUCAUUUAGUACUACUACAUUUAUUUUAUUAUUAUUACUAUUAUUAUCAUCUUUCCGUUUGAUAUUCAUCUUGUAAGAUUUGUAUAUCCGGUUCCUAUGGAAGGUGUAAUUGUAUUGUGUACCAACCUCGAACUAUUUAUCCUGGUGAUGUAAUUCCAUUCUCGUCUGCAA